AUGACUUACGCUCUUUCCGAGUCCCACCGGGACCAAAUGCACAACUCCCUCGUGUCUAGCGACCCGGAGAUUGCCUCCAUCAUGGAGAAGGAAAUCCAGCGUCAGCGUGAGUCAAUCGUCCUGAUUGCCUCCGAGAACUUCACUUCUCGUGCUGUCUUCGAUGCCCUUGGUUCGCCCAUGUGCAACAAGUACUCCGAGGGUUACCCCGGUGCUCGUUACUACGGUGGCAACCAGCACAUCGACGCCAUUGAGAUCACCUGCCAGCAGCGUGCUCUCAAGGCAUUCAACCUCGACCCCGCCAAGUGGGGCGUCAACGUCCAGUGCCUUUCUGGUAGCCCCGCCAACCUCCAGGUCUACCAGGCUCUCAUGCGUCCCCACGACCGCUUGAUGGGCUUGGAUCUCCCCCACGGUGGUCACUUGAGCCACGGCUACCAGACCCCCUCCAGGAAGAUCUCUGCCGUUUCCACCUACUUCGAGACCUUCCCUUACCGUGUCAACCUUGAGACCGGUAUCAUCGACUACGACACUCUUGAGCGUAACGCCGAGAUGUACCGCCCCAAGUGUCUGGUCGCCGGUACCUCCGCCUACUGCCGUCUGAUUGACUACAAGCGCAUGCGCGAGAUUGCCGAUAAGGUUGGCGCCUACCUCAUCGUCGACAUGGCUCACAUUUCUGGUCUGAUCGCCGCUGGUGUCAUUCCCUCUCCCUUCGAGUACGCCGAUGUUGUGACCACCACCACUCACAAGUCUCUCCGUGGCCCCCGUGGUGCCAUGAUCUUCUUCCGCAAGGGUGUCCGCAGCACCGAUAAGACCGGCAAGGAUGUUCUCUACGACCUCGAGAACCCUAUCAACUUCUCCGUCUUCCCUGGCCACCAGGGUGGUCCCCACAACCACACCAUCACUGCUCUGGCUGUUGCCCUCAAGCAGGUUGACACCCCUGAGUUCAAGCAGUACCAGGAGCAGGUCAUCAAGAACGCCAAGGCUCUCGAGGAGGAGUUCAAGGUUCUCGGUCACAAGCUCGUCUCCGACGGCACUGACAGCCACAUGGUCCUCGUUGACCUCCGCGCCAACAGCCUCGACGGUGCUCGUGUUGAGGCCGUUCUGGAGCAGAUCAACAUUGCCUGCAACAAGAACUCCAUCCCCGGUGACAAGUCGGCCCUCACUCCUUGCGGUGUCCGCAUUGGUGCCCCCGCCAUGUCUUCCCGUGGUAUGGGCGAGGAGGACUUCAAGCGCAUUGCCCGCUACAUUGACCAGUCCAUUUCCCUCUGCAAGAAGAUCCAGAGUGAGCUUCCCAAGGAGGCCAACAAGCUCAAGGACUUCAAGGCCAAGGUCGCCAGUGACAGCGUUCCUGAGAUCCUUGCUCUCCGCAAGGAGAUUGCUCAGUGGGCCAGCACCUUCCCUCUCCCCGUUUAA